ACUCAUUUUGCUGUUAGCUUUGCAAAAAGUCACUGCUUUGCCUACAUUCUACAUUGUUCGUCCCUUGUCAGCAGAAACUAGGUAAUUUGUGAGCGUCUUAUUUGUACCUUUCUUUGUUGUGAGAAUGUCUUCUGAAGAGACGAUUAGUGAUGACAGAGUGAAGAGGAGGGUUGAGGAGGUAGAGGGGAGGGAUUUAGGGGUGUCGUUGAAUAUUUUCGAGAGAGAGGAUGAAAGGGAGGAGUGUUUCAACCUCGAGGAAGAGAUUGUUUGUGAGGUUGGCGGGGAAGAGAGAGAGAGCUUGUUCGGCUCCGGGGGACCAUUGGAUGCCCCUGUAUUCCCAUUACCUAGCGGCUGGGUUGCGGUUCCCCAUCCCAAACCUAUUGGUGUGGUUGUUGAUGGAAUAUGGUUUAGGGUUAACGUAGCUCACCCCCAACACUGUGAGAGUGGUAAAGAGAAGGGGUGGUAUUAUAUUACGGGUCGAGUGGUUAAUAAGAAGAGAAGGGGUUUAUUUAAUGCUGGGCCAUCUUUCAUCAAAGGAUGGAAAGAUAAAUUCUUUUUUGCGGAUGACACGGAGUGGGAUAAAACUAAUGCUGAGGUGGAGCACUUGAGCCGAUGGAAGGCGAAAGGGUUAAACCUCAAUGAGUAUAGCCUAACCCCAGGGGAGUUAGAAGAUAGUGGAGGAGAAAUGAACAAGUUUCUAGAAGCAGCUUGUGGGGUUGGCAUCCCUAAGAAGGGAAGAGGGAAGAGGGCCGAGGUCAAAAGGCAGGUUAAGGAGGUCUCACUGCCUCAGGCUGAAGUGCAAACUUUAGUUGUUUCUCAGCCCAGCAAUGUUGAGGAUGAAGUGACAGUUGCGAAGGAGGGGCCCAUUGUUGCAAAAAGGAAAAGGAUGGAGCAACAAGAGGCUAUGGAUGAGGUAUCAGAACCUGUGACUUCAUCCCUUCGUAUAGAGAAGACUUCCUCAACCACAGCUGCUGACUUGGUGGCUGCACUCCGGGAGCAAGGGUAUAUUCGCCUACAAACAACGAGCUUCUAUGAUUCUGGGAUGAGGAGCACAGCAAAAAGGUUCAUCAAUGCCUAUUUCCCGGAGGUGGAUCGCCAGCGUGCCAAGGAUGAGGUGGCGGCCAAAGGUUUAGUUGGCAUCGCUAUGAACCUCGUGAAUGCAUUGGCGAAUGAGCAUCACGAGAGUCUGAGGGAGCGAACUCAAAUGAGGAAGGAUAAUGCCGAGCUCAUCAAGAAGAACGAGGCUGUUGAGGCCGAGGUGGCAAAGCUGAAGGCGGAGAUGGAGGAACUUCGAAGGGAGAAUGCCACUCUGAAAAAGGACUCAGAGCUCUCGUAUCAAAAAAGAAAGAUCUACGAAGACGAGCUCGAGAAGAAAGAAAAAGAGUUGGACGUGGUGGCGAAGGCAGCAGUUGAGUUGAAGCUUAAGGUUAACAACUCUGUUGAAGAGCAUGUGGAAGGGUUUUUGAAGUCUAGCACUUUUGAGGAUAUUGUCAACCUCUACCGGCUCCCUACAGCAAUUGUGGCCUUCUCUGACUGUCGGAAAAAGGUGAAGUUGCAAUAUCCUGAUGUAGAUGUGACAAAGCUCACAUUUGGAGAUCAGGUGGGAGAAGUGGAGGAAAAUGGGGAGAGUAGUACUGCUGAUUUUCGUCCUGAAGUUACGCUGAAGUGGGAUAGAGAUAGCAGAGGUCAAACCAUUUUGCCGUCGAAGUUCAGUUUUAAGUUCGUAGCGGUGAAUGACGAGGGAUCCGAAGGUGCUAACAACUCAAAUCAACCUGUUGACUAAACUUUGCAUUUUGUUUUUUAUAAGGAAUUGUUUGUAAACAUUUGUAUUUAAUAAAUUCAAUUUGAUAUU